UGUAAAAGCCUUCCGGGAAAGCUUGUGGCUGAUCACGUGAUCAUUAUCCUGACCAGACCAUGGUGUAGGGGCGGUACUACAAGGACACGCAGCUGUGGACUCAAACCGAUAGGGAAGAGGAUCCCAGACUGGGACAGCCGUGAGCUUGGGAAGGGAUUGGUGCAGCACUGACAGCCCUGGCAGCUUUGACAGCGGGAUACACUGAUCUCUAUGUAAAUAAUCCUGUGAAUGCUGCAUGAGUCACAGCCCCAGCCUCACCCCGACUAGGAAAACGCACCCUCUCUAGUCUAAAACUUGAAACCUCAUUUCCCUCUGCUGUCAGCGAUGGCGUCUGCUGAUCUACGAAAGCUGCUGGAAUGUUCUGAUUGUCAGAAGAUUUACACUGAUCCCGUUAUGCUAAAUUGUGGACAUAACUUCUGCCGGGGCUGUAUUGAUCGUAUGCUGGAUACACAGGGGGAAUCUGGAGGUUAUUCCUGUCCUGAAUGCAGGAAGAAGUUCCAGGAUCGGCCUGCACUGCACCAAAACAUAACACUGUGUAACAUUGUGGAGAAUUUCCUGUCUACUCAGCCAGAUCUGGAGGUGUGUGGUAUCCCCUGUACUUACUGUAUUCACGCUGCUGUGCCUGCUGUCAAAUUCUGUCUGCUGUGUGAAGCUUCUCUGUGCAGUAAUCACUUGAAUGUCCACAGCAAGUCCCAAGAACACGUCUUAGCUGACCCUACAACCUCUCCGGAGGAUAGAAAAAGCUCCCUCCAUAAGAAGGUCCUGGAGUAUAAAUCCACUGAGCACUCCGAGUCUGUCCGUGUGUCCUGCUGUCUGAUCACAAUACAAAAAGGUGACCAGGUGGAGUCACCGAAUGAAAUCUCUGAGAAGAUGAAAAAGAUGAGAAAUAUUCUGCAGAAACUGAUGACCAAGAAAGAAGAGAUGGAGAAGAGAGUCCAAAACCUGCAGGAACACCAGAGGAAAGUAAAGAAAAAAGCGGACGUUGAAAUAAAAAGAGUCAUUGACUUGUUUACGGAACUCAGGAGGCAGCAGGACGACCUGGAGAGCAGAGUCCUGGGGGAGAUCUCCAGGCAGGAAAAUCAGCAUUCUCUUUUAAUUUCAGAUAUGGUCCAGCAGAUAGAAACAAAGAAGGAUGAGUUGUCCAGGAGGAUGAAUCGAAUUGAAGAACUGUGUACCAUGACAGAUCCACAGGAAUUGGACACAGGCAACUUGGGGGAUGAAGAUAACGAGGACACAGAGACAUUUGCUGAACAGCUACAAACCGAUGGUGACCUGAAUGUGAUCCAGAUCUCACACAUAUUACACAAAGGUUUAGCUGAUGUAAUAACUGGUAUUAUUGGGGGGAUCUAUAUACAGGAAGCUAUAGACCUUUUGCUGGAUGUAAACUCUGCUACCCAUAAUGUUCAGAUAUCAGAUGAUAUGAAAACUGCAACCUUGUUGGGAAACCAAAAUCGCCCCGAAACACAAGAGGCAUUUCAGUAUUAUCCUCAGGUUAUAAGCAGAGGGACCUUCAACUCAGGGAGACAUUACUGGGAGGUGGACGUCAGGGGAUCCCAUUAUUGGAAAAUCGGUGUGUGCUAUCCUAGUAUACAAAGAAAAGGAGGAGAAAGGAGUGAAGGAGGCCUGUCUGGUCUUCAGGAAAUUGGAUAUAAUGACAAGUCUUGGGUAAUGGAGAGGUGGAAUACAGACUAUUUUAUGAUACACGAUCACAGAAGGUUCCAGUUAACUGAUAUUAUGACAGGUGAUAAGAUUAGGGUAUUGCUGGAUUAUGAGGCUGGGCAAAUCUCAUUUUAUGAUCUGGGUGACCCAAUUCGCCACCUGCACACCUACAUCGCCACUUUCACUGAGCCCCUCCAUGCUGCUCUACUAAUUUGGGAUGAUUAUGGUUUUUUAACAAUAUGUGGGGGCAAUUAACAUUAAAAUGGGAGAUUUCCAUUUGAAACUGGUGACCUGAUAGGAAAGG